UUCAAAUGAAAAACAUCGAACAUAGUUUUUGCCCUAAAAGCUAAAAUAUUUAUUUGCAUUACCUGUAAGAGGUGUGUUGAAGUGUUUGUGCUUAACUAUGAGUGAAAUACGGCAUCGUCGGGGUGACGGCGACGGCAAUGAAAAAGUGGAAACGGCUGGAGAAUCCGAUCAUGUGGAUUCGGAAGAGGAAAAGGUAUUAGAAGAGAAAUAUGUCGACGAACUGGCAAAAUCUUUACCUCAGGGUACUGAUAAAACUCCAGAGAUCCUCGACUCUGCUCUUUCUGGUCUUUCCUCACGCUGGAGAAACUGGGUGAUCCGAGGCAUCUUCACCUGGUUGAUGAUUGGUGGGUUUUGCUUGCUCAUCUAUGGAGGUCCUCUGGCACUCAUGAUAACAGUACUCUGCGUGCAAGUGAAGUGUUUUGAAGAAAUUAUCAACAUAGGCUACGCUGUUUACCGAGUUCACGGCCUGCCCUGGUUCCGUUCCCUGUCGUGGUACUUUUUGUUGACGUCUAACUACUUUUUCUAUGGGGAGAAUCUCAUUGACUACUUCGGCGUCGUGAUCAAUAGAACUGACUAUCUUCAUUUCUUGGUCACGUACCAUCGGUUCAUCUCCUUUAGUCUCUACUGCGUCGGCUUCGUCUGGUUCGUGCUGUCUCUGGUCAAACGUUACUACAUGCGGCAGUUCAGCCUCUUCGCUUGGACUCAUGUGGCUCUGCUGAUCGUCGUCACCCAGAGCUAUCUGAUUAUACAAAAUAUCUUUGAAGGCUUAAUCUGGUUUAUUGUACCGGUUUCUAUGAUCAUUUGCAACGAUGUGAUGGCCUACGUGUUCGGUUUCUUCUUCGGAAAGACGCCAUUGAUCAAACUUAGCCCCAAGAAGACGUGGGAAGGCUUCAUUGGCGGCGGCUUUUCAACUGUUAUAUUUGGACUCGUGUUGUCCUACAUGAUGUCACAGUAUCCGUACUUGGUUUGCCCGAUCGAGUACUCCGAAUCCCUAGGACGUAUGACGAUGGACUGUGAACCGUCAUCGCUCUUCCGCCUGCAGGACUACACUCCGCCGCAGUUCUUGCAACCGGUUAUGAAAGUUUUGGGUCGCGAGAAGUUCAACAUGUACCCGUUCAUGAUCCACUCGCUGGCGCUCAGUAUCUUCAGUUCGGUCAUCGGGCCCUUCGGCGGAUUCUUUGCUUCUGGAUUUAAACGAGCUUUCAAGAUCAAGGACUUCGGAGACGUUAUCCCGGGACACGGAGGCAUCAUGGAUCGCUUCGACUGCCAGUUCCUAAUGGCUACCUUCGUCAACGUGUACAUCACUAGCUUCAUCCGCACCGCCACUCCUCAGAAACUGCUGCAACAGGUUUACAAUCUGAAGCCAGAGCAACAAUUGCAGCUGUUCUAUGCGCUGAAGGAGUCUCUGGAACACAGGAAUAUACUCAACAUGGUACCCUAGACGAUUCUAGAUUCAUUUCGUAUUUAUUUACAUAAUAUUGAUUUUAACAGAAAUUGUAAGUGCAGUUUCACACUUGACGCGUUACUUAUGCGAAAAGAUAUAUAUUUAAAUUGAAAUACAGCAAAUUUAGUUGUUUUUUUUUUUAUUUGUGUACGCGAUACACACACGCGUGAUUUAUUCUUAUAUAUUUACGAUUUAUUUUUAGAAAUCGCUGCGUUUCUGUUAAUUGUGAUACUGCACUAAGGUAUGACAUAUCCUGAACUGUUUCUUAAAACAGCAUACAUUUUAUUCUAGUCUUUUUAAUUUGUACUCGUUUACCUUUCAUUCUUUAAUGACCACCGGAAUUUAGUACCACAAAGAAGAUUAUGUUUUUUCAAUAAUUAAAUUGAAAUAUUUAAUAUAUAGAAAGAAAGUCGUUUAGUUCAAUUUAACUUGACAUGUUCUAUAGGAAAUCUUAAUUUAACUUAUAUAUCUGGACCCAUUCAAAUUUCUCCUAUUUUUACGAGAAAACCGUCUUUACUUUAUAUCGUAUUCGACGGUUUUGUUCUCAUUAAUAUAAUUCUUGCAACGAUCGAUUGUCUGGUUCUUGCAUUAUGUCCGCUAUUAUGUAAACAUAAUUUCUCAAAUAUAAAACAAUGCAUAUUCCGCUAGCCGUUACAGGGCAAACCGUAAGAAUUAGAAAAAUAAUAUUUCAUUCAUAUUAAGUAGCAAUAAGAUUUGGAAAGUAUUAACUACGUAGCAGUUUUUUUUAGACAAAUAUUUUGUGACCGUCUUUAAGUUUGAUUUAUUAAUUUAUAUUUGAAUGGCUCCAUAUGUUGAAGAUGUAGUAAAAAAUAAACGGUUGUAUAUAUAUAUCCUGUUAAUUCAAUUUAAUUACAAAUUAUCAUUCUCAAGAUUUUAUUUUUAUCUGUGAUCAAAGUAAAAUUUCAAAGAUUAAGUAACUUCGUAACGUUAUUUUUUUAAAGCUUCUAUAUGAAUAGAUUAUAAUGUUAAAUUGUUUCGUCGUUUUGCAUAAUUUGCUAUUAUAUAAUUUAUAUUGGUUUAUUAUGAAUAUUAUUCAAUACAAUGAAAUCCCUUAUACCGUUGGAACAUUUCAUCAAUUGGAUCAAACAGGGAAUGCAUUUCUUUCAUUUUAGACUGAAUAAUGACUGUUUUACCGUGUGCUAAAUAUUUUGUGACAUUUUUCCUUUUAUUUCGACUUUAUAAAAUCUAUUUUUCUAUGAAUUUUACUUAAAAUUUUCAUUCAAAAAAAGAAUUCAUACAUUGAUUUAUUUGUAAGUUGUAACUCAUAUUCUGUGGUUAUUUUUAAUAUAAAAAUAUUUACGGGUUCAUAUGGAGUAUUUAAUUAUAGCAUUAUCUGCCUUGUUUGUAAAAAUUUAAGAAUGUAUAUCCGUCUCUCUCUGACAUAUAGAUUAUAUCAAGCGAGAAUAGGAUAGAUUGAUGGAUGAGUCUUAAAUGUUUUAUUAAUAAGGCAUCUAAACAUAUAUUAAUUAUAGUAAAUAUAAUAAAAUAAAAAAAAAUAACUUAGAAAUAUUCUUUCGUUCUUCUAAAGAUUCAUUCUGUAUAUCUAUUCAUAUGUAUUUAAAAAUGGAAACGCGUCCUCAAAACAUUUCGCUUAUGUAGACACGUAUCACUGUUUGAAAGUUUAAAAUACGAAAUAAUUAGACCAGGGUAGGUUAUAAUUUAGUGAUGCGAUGAUUCGCGUAUAUCGAUAUCGAUAAUAAUUAUUAAAAACAAAUAUAAUUGAAACAUUUCGUCGAAUGCUUCUCUAGGCUGCAUUUAACUAUAUAUCAACAGUGUCCUGGUCUGAUUGUAACGUUGAAUAUUUUUUUUAAUGUAUAGAAAUCGUUAAGUUUUUUGUGAUUAAUUUAUGUGAUUUUAUGUUAUGUUAUGGUUACGUUGAUUUUUUGCUUGGUAUUCGGUUGAAUAAAACCAUUAUAUUAGUUCUUAGCGUAGUUCGAAUAUUAAUGCAAAUUAUACUCGUGUUUCGUUAAAAAUCUUUGAGGGUUUAUCCCCUUUGAUAAAAAGUGGUACUGUUGGUGUUUCAAUACUAAACUUAAUUAUUUACUAAACUGAAUGUAAAUUUCUUUGUAUAUCGUUAUUUCAGUGUCGGUUUUAUGCAUUUCAUGUAAAUAUUGGUAUUAUAACUUUUAAAAUAUGAUUUCACUGCAAAUUAAUUGCAUGAUUUGAUUGUAUUAAAAAACAACGUGUACACGUGUAUAGCCUGCAGUUAACAAUAUUCGAAGGAUUGUGUGAGUUUUGACGACAAACUUACCUAUAUAUAUA